AUGUCAAAGCCCAUUCCAGCAUCCUGGAGGCGAGGCUCAGGGCUCUCCGAGUCUCCCUCCUUCAACCCUAACGAAAUCCCUAGCGGUGUCGAGACCCCUCUCGGCACCACUGACAACGAGGAUGGCAUGGCUUACUUGCGAUCCAUGAGCUACGUCCACACUUCGGGUCGCUUCAGCUCCUACUCGCUUGCUGACGACUCGCGAAGAGGCUCGGCUCACAACACUCUGGUCAACCCGAGCCUCACACCCACCGACUACGCUUCUUCCGAGAAUGGCUCGCACAAGGGGCCCAAGGUCGACCCUCUGGCCAAGAAGAGCCCUCUCCGGGCCAGCAACUCGUGGGAUGGACAGGCCGAGAUGGGCCAAGCGGGCUCGUCCUUGACCCCAGAAGCGAUCAAGAAGAUGAAGUACGGGCGUCUGAGGUACAUCGAUGGCCUCCGUUUCGUUGCAGCCAUCGUUGCGCUCACUUCUACCGUCAUCUCGACCACCAGCCAAAAUUGGUCCGUUGGAAAGAGCAUCCUCUACCCGUUCAACUCUUACUUUGCUCUCACCCUCUUCCUUGCCAUCCAGGGCCGCGCGCUUACGCUGCCGUGGCUCGUCAACCGCAAGGAUGCCCUCAAGAGCUUCACCGACGCCGCUGCCAAGGCCAAGGCGGCCAAGGCAGCGAAGGUCCCUGCUCCCAAGGCACUCGACGAAAAGGCUACCCCGCAACCGGUCCAGGCACCAAAGGGCGAGAGCGGCUCGCAGAGCGACAUCAACACUCCCGACUACAAGCUCGUUGGUAUGGCCAUGAUCUCGCGUCCUUUCCGCUUCCUGCUCCCCAUUCUUUUUGUCACGGGAGUUCAGUACGCCAUCUGCAAGACUACCAACCUCUACCCAGACAACCCGAACUUCGAGACGCUCAUUGGAACCCGACCGGGGUGGUGCUUCCGCAACGCUUCGCAGUGGAUCAUCACGGCCACCAACCUCUUUACCUCGGAGGACCGCCCUACGGAGCUGCGCAGUGCCGCCGGGCCCAUCUUCUACUUGCCCUGGUUCUUCCAGAACAGCUACUACUUGUACGGCCUCACGCUCAUCGUCGGUAUCCUGCAGCGUGACACGCGCGUGGCGUUCCUGCUCGUCAUGGGUCUGCUCAAUUGGUGCACGCUCUCGUACCUGGCACCCGCACUCCUCGGCCUGCUCGUCGCCGAGCUCGACGUCUCUGGCCACUUUGCGCGCCUCCGCAGGCACAAGAUCGCAAGCUGGGUGGUGCAGGGUCUUUGCGCUGCGCUCUUCCUCGUCUUCCUGCUGAUUCCUCAGGUGCGCGACCCGAUGAACGACGGCCUGAGCCACCUCCAGGUGCUGCGACCAUCGGAUCGCCAGGGAGCCAACAUCUACUCGGUCAUCAAGUUUACCGAUGUGAUCUGCUCUGCGUUGCUCUUGGUAUUCCUGGAGCUUUCGCAGGUGUCGCAGCGCGUGCUUUCGCUCGCGCCCAUCUCGAUGAUGGGACAGCAGAUCAGUGCCGCUAUUGUGGCGAUGCACGCGAUCGUGUUGUGGUCGAUCAUGCCCAAGGUUUUCCCCAUGACCGCGGCCUCUUCGGUCACCUCGGGUGCUGCCACGAAUCUGGCGGGCAUCUGGGCUCUGACACUCAUCAUCACGCUGGCACUCUCGGUGCUCUUCCGCGUGGUGAUUGAGAUCCCCUCGGAGCUGCUGGGACGCGCGACGCUCAUCUUCUUUUAUGGGCAGGACGACAUCCAGCAGCUUUCGACGAUCUCGCCACAGCACAUGGAGAAGGCGCGCAAGUCGGGCUAUCUGAUGCCGCUGCCUAGCCUGGGCAACCCGAUGGCCAAGCUCGGGCUGACCAAGGUGCCGUGGUGA